AUGGACUCCUCUUCCAGACAAGACGCCCCUCGGUUGCUGUCUUCAGCAUCUCCACAGCAGCCAGGACUCACGCGGCCGCCGUCUCUGCUUCCCGCGUUCGAACCGCUGUCCUCGUCACCGUUUCCGCGUCCACAAUCCUCAAAACGCAAGUAUGAGGAAGAUUCUCCCUCCCAUCCAAGAGCAAAGCUCGAGUACUACCCGACGCCUGUGCCCACGUCCUCUACGGGCAUUCUGCCCUCAUCGCCUACGCGUAGUAUACGUCCUGGUCUCCAGCGUACCAUGUCGACUCUCUCGGAACGUGUUCCCCUCGGAGCAGUUCCCUCUGUAGAUCUCCCCCUCAAUGGCGAGCCCGUACGAAUGGGAAGGUCCUCGAACUCCUCGGACUAUCAGCUAUCUUCAAAUCGCGCCAUUUCACGCGUCCAUGUCCAAGCCGCCUACCACGCAUCCGACGCGUCUUACCCGGAGGGCUAUGUCGAGGUACAAUGCUUGGGAUGGAAUGGUGCAAAGAUUCACUGCCGGGGACAGGUCUACGUAUUGACCAAGGGGCAAUCGUUCGUGUCGAACAACCCCGAGGCGGAUAUCAUGGUGGAUGUUCAAGACACUCGCGUGCUGAUCAUAUGGCCUCUAGUUGGGAGGAGCCUGUCAUUCGACUCGCAACCAGACUCGGACUCAGCAUGGAUUGAGGAAUCGCCCAGCCGCCGUCAUGUCGCCGAUCACAUUGCUUCCAGCCCUCCAGUGAUUCCUAGGUCGCCUACUUCACAGAGCCCAAUUCACCAGCCGAACUUUACCGAAUCAUCAACGUUCUUGGAUGUUGACGAUGAUAUUGUUCCACAAGCCGGGCCCAUCCAAGUCUUCGAAGAUGAAGAUGUAGCGGUGGACAACGGAGUCGCUGCUGCUGUUGCGGCUUCUCUAGCUGGCUCCCCGUCGCGGCCUGCACUCUCGAGAUAUGUUUCUGCAAAUGACUCGAAGGACGCAUUGUUGAACAAUGGAUUUUUGGAGGACUUGUCAGAUGAAGACGAAGAGAACGAUCCAGUAGUGCACUCUUUCGGGCCUUUCGGAGCGAAUCUACUACCGCGUAUGGCUUCUAUGACUGCCUGGAGCAGCAACACCACACCGACUCAGCGUCGCCGCCGCCCUCUUGCUGCCUCUCGGUCCCCGCAGCAACAUCCUGGCUCCGAGUCGCGGAGGAUGAAUGAGUCGCCCAUUAAGAACCACGUUAUCAACCAAUUGGCCUUCUCCCGCCUUCAUUCAAUUCCUCUCUCUACCAUCUUCGGCAACCUACCAAAAGAGCUAAAAUCCAGCGCUUCGUCGAGCAGGGCCACCGCAACUCCUGAAUCCGCAGACCUCACUUCUCUAGAGCUCAAGAAGAUACUGGACAAUACUCCGUGUGUAGGGGAGAUUAACCGGGAGGGCAAAGAUGCUGCUGGAAAGCCCCUCGAGAACGAAUUCUACUACGUGCCCGAGAUGGAUUCUGAUCAGAUGCGGCGAGACGCCGUAGUUGGUGGCAUUGGCGGCUCCGGUCUCCGGUCAGUGCGGAAAUCGCACAAGCAAUACUACUGGAAGCGCCCACGACACUAG